AGCUUUGGAAAUUGAAAUUGAAACAUUUAAACUAGCAGGGGUUGCUGGUAAUGAAAAUGUUAGCACUUUAAGGUCAGAAUUGGCGAAUGCUAAACUUGAGAUAGCUGCUCAAAAUGAGAUUUUGGCAGAUCUAGAUUCUCAAAUAAAUUUCAUGAGCAAAGAACGCAAUCAGAAUAUCCAACGUAUUCAAGAAUUAACUGAGGCACUUAAAGAAAGAGAGUCUAGCAAAAUGGAUUCCAUUAAAAACCUUGAAUGUACUUUAAUAAAUUUAAAUUCAGAACUUUCUGUAGCCAAAGAUUCAUCCAACGUGAAUAAAAAAACAAUUUCAACACUCGAAGAAAAACUUUCAAUUGUGCGUACACAAUUACAUGAUGCUAAGGCUUCGGAUGAAAGACGUUCAAAUAUUAUUAAUGAGUUGGAAAACAAAUUAAAGAAUACUCUUAAUAUUCUAACGGAUAAAGAAGAAAAUAUUACUAAUCUUGAUGUCCUUAUCUCAGAAUUAGAAGUUGUAAUUCAAAAAACACAAUCAGAACUUCAAACAUCAAAGGUGUCCGAAGCAGAUGUUGCCAGACAUGGAAAUGAAUUGGAAGUAAAACUCGCCGAAGUAACUUCCAGGUUACAGGAUACAAAUAAUAAUAAAGAUAUAUUACAACAAGAUUUAAAAAUGUUUAAUGCUGAACUUGCAAAAAUAAAAGCUUCAGAAACAAAAUACAUAGAGCAGGUUAAACUUUUGGAAACUAAACUCAAAGAAACUGAAGCAUGUAGUGUUGAAGAAAAAUCUAAACUUAAAAAGGCAAAUAAAGAAAUUGAAUCACUUAAUGAUAGGUGUGAUCAAUUGCAAAAAGAUCUUGAAGAUGCACAAUGGGAUUCAGUUAUCCAAAGUUAUGAAAAUGUUGAUGAUACUAUGAUUGAAGAUCUUACUAACCAACUUAAACAGGCUCACAAUGAAGCCAAGUUCCAUAGGGAUCAAGUUUUAGCUUUAGAAAAGAAAACUAAACAAUUAGAGUCUGAUAGGGUGGAAACCCUUGAACGAAAUGCAACUCUUGAACAACAAGUUGAACAACUUCAAAAAGAUCUUGAAAUGUUGUGUGAAGAAUUUUCACAGAAG